AUGUUACCACUUUUUGCAUUCCGCAGAAGUUACAAUGCAGAUGAUGAAAACAUCUGGCUCCCAAUUCCAACGCCAUGGGGCCCUCUCCGCAUCGGAUUCGAUAAGAAUGAAGAGGAAGAAACAUAUGAUGAUGACAACUGGGGCAUCGGAAUCACAUACCAUUCACCAUGGGGCAAGAUCUAUCUUGGCUAUCGCAGCAAUGAAGAAGAAGCUGAAGAUGAUGACAACUGGGGCAUCAGCUUAACAUAUCACUCACCAUGGGGCAAGUUCACAAUUGGAUAUCAUAAUGCCGAUGAAGAGGAAGAUGAUGAUAACUGGCGCUUUUGGGCCGACUUACAUUCACCAUUGGGAAUUUUCCGCUUUGACUACCAUAGCAAUGAAGAAGAAAAGCCAAAGACACAAAAUCCUCCACUCAACAAGUAUCUUACAUGGUGGUCAAGGAUGAGAAAGCAGGCUCAACUAAUGAAGAGGAAGCGUCAACUUGAGCUUCUCAGGAGAAAGAUGAUCCUCAAGAGACCAGUUUGCCCAAAGAAGAAUGAAUUGUACAGAGGAUUUCGAAUUACUGACCCAGAAUUACUGAAAUUAAUUCGGGAACAGUCUAGAAAGAUUUUUGAAGGUCUAAAAUAUAAACAUAUAUAA